UAAUAAAAAAAUUUGAAAAUUUUGUACCUACCAUACCGGACGAGUUUAUUUCAUAGCGGCAGUUCUAUACCACGGAUUCCACUCAAACCGGCCGGCUUAUUUCAUUCUCUAGUAAGUCUCUUGUGUCUCGUGACGUUCAUAUCACCUAAACGUACUAAUUCAACAUGUGUGACGAAGAAGUUGCUGCAUUAGUUGUAGAUAAUGGAUCCGGUAUGUGUAAAGCCGGUUUUGCUGGUGAUGAUGCACCACGUGCAGUAUUCCCUAGCAUUGUAGGCCGCCCACGUCAUCAAGGUGUUAUGGUUGGUAUGGGACAAAAAGACUCAUAUGUAGGAGAUGAAGCCCAAAGUAAAAGAGGCAUCUUAACACUUAAAUACCCAAUUGAACAUGGUAUCGUUACCAACUGGGAUGAUAUGGAAAAAAUCUGGCAUCACACAUUCUACAAUGAACUUCGAGUAGCACCAGAAGAACAUCCAGUUCUUUUGACAGAAGCUCCAUUAAAUCCAAAAGCAAAUAGAGAAAAGAUGACACAAAUUAUGUUUGAAACAUUCAACACACCAGCUAUGUAUGUAGCUAUCCAAGCCGUAUUAUCAUUGUAUGCUUCUGGUCGUACCACUGGUAUUGUAUUGGAUUCAGGAGAUGGUGUUUCACAUACUGUACCAAUUUAUGAAGGUUAUGCAUUACCUCAUGCUAUCCUCCGUCUCGAUUUGGCUGGUCGAGAUUUAACAGACUACCUUAUGAAAAUCCUCACCGAACGUGGAUACUCUUUCACAACCACUGCCGAACGUGAAAUUGUACGUGAUAUCAAAGAAAAACUUUGCUACGUCGCUUUAGAUUUCGAACAAGAAAUGGCAACAGCCGCUAGCUCAAGCUCAUUAGAAAAAUCUUAUGAAUUACCUGACGGACAAGUAAUUACAAUUGGAAAUGAACGAUUCCGUUGCCCAGAAGCAUUAUUCCAACCAUCAUUCUUGGGUAUGGAAGCAUGUGGUAUCCAUGAAACAACUUACAAUUCAAUCAUGAAAUGUGACGUCGAUAUCCGUAAAGAUUUAUACGCUAACACAGUAUUAUCUGGUGGUACCACUAUGUAUCCAGGUAUUGCUGAUCGUAUGCAAAAAGAAAUCACUGCCUUAGCUCCAUCAACAAUGAAAAUUAAAAUUAUCGCACCACCAGAACGAAAAUACUCCGUAUGGAUUGGUGGUUCAAUUUUGGCUUCCUUAUCAACAUUCCAACAGAUGUGGAUCUCUAAACAAGAAUAUGAUGAAUCUGGUCCAUCCAUUGUACACAGAAAGUGCUUCUAAAAAGCAGGCGCGACUGAAUCAACAAAUACGUUUUUUUCAUACCAUUCCAAAUCUACCAAGACGAGAGGCCCCCAUGUCUACUUACGUCUGUUGUAUAAUAGAGGCGGGCGAAAGCACUAGCCAAAGUAUUACUAUUAUUACUAUCUUAAUUUGUAAUAAUUUAUUCCCAUUUUUGUGCUGACACUAAGACUACUAUUAUUUAGAUUUAUUAUAUUAAAACAAAAAAAUAUUAUGGGAAAAA